UUUUGGCUGCUCUCGGGUCUGUUCUGUGGGUCUUAGACCCCGGAACAGAUUUGGCAAGACCAGAGUGACAGAACCGAGAAGGCAGGAAAAAGGGUGUUGUCCCCGCUGUGCAGAGGCGGGUCUCAGGGCCGGCGGCGCCGCGGCCCGGCUCCCCGCCCUCAUCGCCCCGCGCUCCCGGCGUGCUCCGCCCACUGGCCCUGAUGGCGGCGGCCGCGCGGGUGGCCCCGGCUCAGGUUUUUGUGGCUGCAGAAGUCCUUUUGGAACCUACACAGGGCAGUGUGACCUUUGCGGACGUGGCUGUGUACUUCUCCUGGGAGGAAUGGGGUCUUCUUGAUGAGGCUCAGAAACACUUGUACCAUGAUGUGAUGCUGGAGAACUUUGCACUUGUGACCUCCCUAGAUUGUUGGCGUGGAGUAGAGGAAGAGGAGGCACCUUCAGAACAGAGUGUUUCUGUAGGAGUGUUGCAGGCUAGGACUCCCCAGGCAGAUCAGUCUCGACAGAAGGCCCACCCUUGGGACAUGUGUGGCUCUGUCUUGAAAGACAUUUUGCACUCAGCUGAGAACCAGGGAACAUAUCCUGGGCAAAAACCGUAUGUGUGUGAGACAUGUGGCAAGCAAUUCUAUUUCAGUAGAAGCCUUCAACAGCACCAGAAGCAGCACAUUAGAGAGAAACACUUCAGGAGCAACAUGGGCAGGGCCUUGUUGGUGAACAGCUGCAAGUUGCGUGUGUCAGAGAAACCUUUUACCUAUAGUGAUGUUGGGAAGGACUUUCUGGCCUUCUUGGGACUUCUUCAGCAACAUGCCACUUUCACUGGAAUAAAACCAAACAAAGGCACCAACUGUGUGGUGGCUUUUCAUGGUGAAAAAAGUCAUUACGACUAUGAAGGAUUCAAGAACGUCUUCAGCUAUGAAUCUUCAUUUGUUAAGCAUGAGAAAACCCACCCUGGAGAAAAGCCUUAUGAAUGCAUUGAAUGUGGACAAUUCUUUGCCUACAACUCCAGGUUCAUUCAGCACCUGAGAAUUCAUACUGGAGCAAGGCCUUAUGAAUGCAGUCAAUGUGGGAAAUCCUUUCGCCAAAGUUCUAGCCUCAUCCACCACAGGAAAGUUCAUACAGGAGAAAGACCUUUUGAUUGCAGUGAAUGUGGGAAAUCCUUUGCCCGCAAAUAUGAACUCAGUCAACACCAGCGAGUUCACACUGGAGCAAAGCCUUAUGAAUGUGGUGAAUGUGGGAAAUCCUUUAGCCAAAGCUCUAACCUCAUUCAACACUGGAGAGUUCACACUGGGGAAAGGCCUUAUGAGUGCAGCGAAUGUGGAAAAUCUUUUAGCCAAAGCUCUGGCCUCAUUCAACAUCGUAGAGUUCACACUGGAGAAAGACCUUAUGAAUGCCCUGAAUGUGGGAAAUCCUUUAGCCGUAAAUCUUACCUCAUUCAACACCGGAGAGUUCAUACUGAAAAAAAUUCUUAAAUGUGUGGGGAAUGUGCUAUUUCCUUUCAGGAUAACCACAAUGGCAAAGACCCUUUGUGAGGAACUGUCUGUCUGAAUUGAACCUCACAAAUCCAUACCACAGUGGGGAAAUUUCCCAGGUUCCAGGUAUGUGGAAAGCUUUAGGGAGCUGCAUUGUAUAUUCUGACCUCCCCAGGGCUCUUGUAAGAUUUAUGUCACUGCCAGUUUCUGUGGAGCCAUGUUACCUCUACCACUUGGUAGGUCCACAUAGUGUCCUUCCAUGACCACCCCAGCAUGCUCAGGAAGCAGGCCUCUCUGUAUGCUCCCAUUUCCUGGAGUAGCCUGAGCUCUUUCUUUUUUAUUUAAUUUUUAAAAUUAUUUUAUUUAUCAAAUAAAAAACAUUUCCAAACAAAAUAAAGCAAAGCGAUGGGAAAAACAAAUAUCCUGAGAUAACUUCAUUCCUACCAUAUCAAAAGAAAAUUAAUGAACCAUAGUUCCUUUUGAGAAAUUCUCAGCCAUUUUUUCUGUCUGUUAGGGCAUGGGUCUGACCCAGAUUGGGCCCGGAGGACUCAAUCUUGAGUUCUGGUGAUUUACAGAGAAGGAUUACCUAUUUCAUGGACAUUUUUGUUUUAACAUAAUGUUUGCGAUUUUUCCAGCCUCUAAGUCACCAUCCCAAGAACUGCCUUCUGCACAUUGCUCUGGUUCGUGCAAUAAUAAAGGCCUUAUUCUUAAAGAACCUUUAAUCUUCAGAGUUGUAUUCACAGAGUGGGGUAGCUUGAAAACAAAAUUGGGCUCUGCAGGUAUAAAGUAGUGAGCGGUUGUUGGGGGGAUCUCACACUUUAUGUGCCUCAGAGGUGGCAGUAUGAUGACAGAAACUAGCUCUACUUGUGCGCUCAUGUGCAUUACUGCCCAAGGUCUCCUAGCAAAGACUGCAGAGCUCUGUGGUCCUAAUUUGUGGCAAGGAUGCCAGGAUUUUUUUGUUGGCGCAGAGGUCACCUGAGGAGGGGCCACUUGUGACAACCUCCAGUGCUUCUGAGAACAAUGUGGAUUAUUUUCCUUGUUCAAAGGGGAUGUCAUGUAAUGCCUGCCACUGUUGAGGGAGAUCUCUUCCCCGGGUCCUGCAAAGGUCCUGCAGAGAGGCUUUGUGUGCUGAUGUACAGGAUGAAGUUGGCUAUCGCUGGUUGUGAUAUCACUAGUUGUAAGACUACAGGGCACAGGGGGAACCAUAAUUGGUACAGAAACACUGGGUAAUAGGGAGUGCUGGAGACUGCAGUAAGCUAGAUGGAAUGUGCCUCUUCUAAAAGUGCAUGGACAAAGGUUCCAGUGGCUAUGACUGUGCAGGAUCAGUGUGCACACUGUUCCUUCAGACUAGUGUGUGCUGUGUUGCAGAGGGCACUAUCAAAGAAAAUAAAGGCUUUGAGAAUCCCUGUAGUCUCUGGGCUGUUCCUCUCUAGACCAUUGCUGCAUAGGCAGGAAAACGAGGGUGGAGAGAAGGGCGAUCCGUAGUCCAGGGGUGUGGCUUCUGUGAACCCACCUGCAUUCCUGUUGACUCAGGUGGAAAUGGCCCUCCUUGCUCACCAAUAUCUGCUGCCACUGAGGCAAGGCCGUCCCUCCCAGGGCAUGAGGAGAGAGAUGGUGGAGUCAAUGGAAGAUUGCUAAACCUGAUUUUCCAAAAAGUGGGAGAAUUCAGUGUUUGUUUUGAACCAUUUUUUAAAGCUUUAGAGUGUAAUUGACCAACCCACAUGAGGACAAAUACUGCAUGAUUUCACUUACAGAAGUAGAAAGUAGAUUUGAGGUUACCACGCAAUGGGGGAGGAAGGAAGAAGGGGGAGCUGUUUCAUGUUUAGGCAUAGAGUAUUUGUAAAUUUUUAAAUAAAUUAAAACAGAAGUCUUCCAUUUUUUAAAAGGUUUUAUAAUUCUAACUAAAUUUGAUACUUUUUUGUUUUGGUGUUUUAAGGUACACUGUAUGUAAGCUCUACAGUUUAUUCCUUUGGACUAUUUUGUUACUUGUCUAUGAAUAGAUUAUUUCAGCACAUUUUAUAGAAAUUCCCUUGGCUUAACUCAAUUUUCUAUGAAUGUGUGGGUCUAUUUCUGGACUUUGUGUCAAUGAUCUGUACAUCUGUCCUGAUGCCAAAAUCACAUCUAAUUGAUGACCAAAGCUUUGUAAUAAGAUUUGCUUUACCUUUAUUUUUAUUUUUGUUUGUUUCCUUUAAAAGUAAUUUGUCCAAUAUCAUAGUACAGAGAAACCGCAAGGACAAUAGCUCUAAGCCCCCGGUCACAUGUCUUCCCAGUCCUUUAAUUUAUUAAUACCUUUUGUAUAACACGUGAUGACACUGUACUUACGUGCAUUAUGUAACAUUCUAACAGCUACAAAGUGUAAGGAAUGCUUUAAAGGAACGUCCCAUUCACAAUUAGAGUUACCCAGCUAUUGCAGUUUUCCAGUUUACUUUUGCAAAUAUAUAGAAACCCAAGUAAUUGGUGUUCUACUAUCUGUUUUUUUAAAAUUCUCACAUGAACAAGUAGGUCAAAGACAAAUUGUGCCUUAGUAACUGUUAACCUCUUUUCAAGAAAGGCUUUUCUGAAGUAGGAGUGAGCAGUGGCAGUGAACUCAACCCACUGAGGUGUUUUCGUCAUCUCCAGCCUUCUCAGCCGCAGGCUGCCUGUGGCACCUGGACGUGAAGACUACUGCCCCGGGGCCCCCAUGUCCCAGAGUGGCGGUGGAGGAAGGACAAUUUGGACAGAGCAGGAGCCCAUGGGUCUUGGGGACCUCUGUAUUUGUCAGUCUUCUCCACAUUCUUCCCAGCCUCUUUCCACAACCUCUUGAGCUGCUGCUGCUUCCUGUAAUAGAUCAAGCCUUCUCCAGAGUGGUGUAUCACUGCCUGGUACUUCCAGGCAACCUUGUGAGCAAAGUAUCCCAGGUAGACAAACUUUUCAGUGGGCUGCAGAUGUACAGUGUUGAGGGCAGCAGGAACCACCAUCCGCUCUUUCUUAUGGUAGGGAGGUGCAAUCCCAUUAAACUCUUUGAGAUGGUCCAGGGUGGCCUGGCCACACUUGCUCUUGUGAGGCAGCCUGCCUCGUGUGGCCUGCCAAAAGAUGCAGCUGGGGGCCCAGAAGUGGUAGAGGCUAUGGGAUGGGUUGAUGUUUGUGCACUUGUGGAGAAAGGCCAGAUAUUUUAGCUUAUUUCUGUAGAAGUUGUCAGAAGUGUUGAUGCCAAUGACCACCACCUUCAAGCCUAGGAGGACCUACUGGGCCACCACUGCCAGGUGGUCCAGGAGAUGGCCUCAGCCAUCAGGCACCAGGACCUGCCCCUCUGCCAUCUUCAGCAGCUGCCUGGGGAAAAAAACUACCUUUGGUAUUUUGUUUGUUUGUUUUUAACAGCUUUACCCUUACAGAGGAGUUGCAGAAAUAGGACAGAGUUCCCAUAUACUGUUCUGGCAUCUCCAAAUUUAAAAUUGUAUGUAAUAUAGUGUAAUUAUCAGAACUAAGAAAUUGACAUUUGGUAAAAUAUGCUUAACUACAGACCAUUUGAAUUUCUCCAGUAUUCUAUCAUUUUUUCUGUUCCAGGCUCCAAUCCAGGAUAACAUAUUGCUCCCGUUUGUAACAGUUCCUCAGUUUCUCCUGUCUUAUCAGAUAUUGACAGUUUUUAAAAUACUGUUCAAAUAUUUUGCAGAGCGGCUCUCCUCUGAACGGAUGCAAAACUAUAUAUAUGUACAGUUUCCCAUUAAGCUGACAAAAGUUACCAAAUUUCAUCAUCAUGGAUGUGAAACUUCAACUUAUAAUGAAAUGCCUUUUCACACAUGCUAAAUUGUUAAAAUUAGGAAGCAUGAUCAUACAAUUAAGGAUGUGGAGCAACUAGAAUAUUUGUAUAUUGAUGGGGAUGUGAAAUGUUAUAAAAAAUUGGAAAAUAGUUUCUUUUAGUGUUAAAUAUGCAUCUACAAUAUGACCCAGAAAUCCCAUUUCAAGAAAUGUAUACAAUAGAAAUAAAAAUACAUAUACAUACAUAAAUAUUACAUGAAUGUUUGUGGUAGCUUUAUUGUAAUAUCCAAACAAUCUAAAUAUGUAUUAAUAGGUAAAUUGGUAAACACUUUCUCAUACAUGCAUGGAAUGGAACAAGUGAUCAAUACAGAGAAUGAAUGAUAGACACAAAACAUUGGUGGAUCACAACACUAGUAUGAUGAGGGAUAGCAGUCAGUGGCAAAAUGUAUGUACUAUAUGAUCCAUUUACAUGAAGUUCUAGGAUAAAUAAAAUGUAUACGGUGAAAAUGAGAACAUUGCCUGUGAAAUAGGAAGUACAGAGGGACAUGAAGUAAUGUAUGUGGGAUGAUGAAAAUGCUUCAUGUUAAGAUUAAGGUGGUGAUUAUACGGAGACAUAAAAUCAAAACUCGUGGAGAACAUUCUGUGUGCACUUUAUUUUGUGUAAAUUCUAUCUCAACCAUGGAGAUUGAAAACAUCAUGAGACUAUUACAUCUAAUGAGAGGGCAGGAGAUGUAAUAAUUGAAGGAAAUGGCAAUGUUUAAGAAACUCAAUCUUUGCUGCCUUAUCCUGAGUGUUACUUACACAGGUAAAUAGGUGUUAUGUAUCUGUUAUGUAUAUCUUCUGUUUAAGUGAUGUAGUUUGCAUUAAAUUAAUGAAUUUUUAUACAUACAGUGUACUUUUGACCCAAUAAAACACACAGUGGAGUGAAUCAA